UUUGGGAGUACCUGCUAACCGACUACUCGUUGCGCUUACACACCGGCGCACACCUGACGGACCGCCCCGAGUAUUACUGGACCACACAGCUCUGAUAUAGAAGGGCAUUAUGAUGCGUUCAAGGAUCGUGAGGCUCGCUGUUGCGGUCGCUGCUUGCCAGCUUUUGUCAACAGUCUCGGCACAGUCCAUCUCCUCAGAUCAGGUCGUCUCCUCGUUAUCGCCCAUCACCUCAGGAUCGCCCGAGCAAACACGACCCGUCGCCUCACUCUCCUCGGCUGCGGCCAGCCUGAGAAGUUCAGCUACCACAUUGAGUUCAUCGGCGACACCAAGCGCGUCUAGCGAGCCGCAGGUGCAUCUCAUCAAAGCAGGAUCCGGGGGAUUCAAGUUCACACCGCAAGAGUUGACUAAUGUCUCUGUCGGCGACACAGUGACCUUCGAAUUCUACCCCCCAGACCACUCGGUCGUUCAGGCCGAGUUUGGCAGUGCAUGCGUUCCAUACAGUUAUGCCGACAAGGACCACGCUGGCAAAGGCUUCUGGACAGAAACGCAAUGGGUCAACGAUACCAGCCAAAUCACACAUUACAACAUCACCAUCAACGACACCGCACCAAUCUUCUUCUACUGCGCCGCUCCCAACUCCUGCAUUGGUGAGCUCAUGGUCGGCGCUAUCAACGCCAACUCAACCCAAACUCUUGCCUCCCAGAUCCAAGCAGCAAAGGACGCCGACUUCCAGCUAGCCGUCGGUGACCCUGUGCCCCAGGAAGCCACCUCCACCAUCCUGAACGGCCCGACCGGUUCGUCCACAGCUUCCUCGUCUUCAGGCGGCGGAUCACACCUCUCCGGCGGCGCAAUCGCGGGUAUUGUAGUCGGCGCAGUCGCAUUCCUGGUCAUCUGCGCUGCGCUGUUCUUCUACGUCGGGCGCUCCAAGAGUCUCAAGGAAGUCAUCAAGCGACAAGAUGCCAACGCGACAGGCAACAGGAACUCGACGCCGGGACCGGAUAUGGGCUACAUGGCGCACGACCAGGUGCCCAGGUUUGGUAGCCCCGCGCCGCCGUACGGCCAGCAUAAUGUCGGCGAGCAGUACCCCAGUGGGUGGCAGGGCAGCCCGCAGAUGCACCAGGGCCACCUGAGCAUGCAGAGUCAGGCGAGUGGGAUGAGCCAGGAACAGUACGUAUUGCCGCGAUGAUGUGGGAGGGUUCAAAUCACGGACGCGAGACUGACUGAAAAUAGACUGGACUACUACAAGCACACGCAAGGGCAGACGUCGCCCGCUGAACUGCACUCGCCACAGCCCGGCCAGCAGGAGUUCCGGG